AUGUCUUGGCCUCUGUUCCGGCCAGCACUGGCCCACCGAAGCUCGCCCUCCCUCGCCCUUGCCAUCCGCACGAAGCAACCGCUCCAGCUUGUCCGCCAUGCAUCCGUCCUGUCCAACAUUCCGGCACCGCCACCGCCAACAGCAGCCGCAGCAGUAGCCGCAGCUUCUGGUGCUCAGUACUCCACCAAGGUCGUCCCCCAGACGAAACCCUACUCCAGCCUGACCAUUGGCGUUCCUCGCGAGACCUAUGCUCACGAGAGGCGCGUGGCUCUCACUCCGCAAAAUGUUGCUCUCCUGCUCAAGAAGGGCUUCUCCAAGGUCCUCGUGGAGCGCGGUGCUGGCGCGCAGGCUGAUUUCCCGGAUGAGGCCUACGACAAGGCCGGUGCUACCCUGGUGGAUGACGAUUCCUCCGUCUGGAAACAGGCAGAUAUUGUCCUCAAGGUCCGUGGACCAAGUCCCGCCGAGGUGGACAAGAUGCAGAAGGACCAGACCAUCAUCAGCUUCCUCCAGCCGGCGCAGAACAAGGACUUGGUCCAGAAGAUUGCUGCCAAGAAGGCUACCGCGUUUGCCAUGGAUAUGAUCCCGCGUAUCAGCCGAGCGCAGGUCUUCGACGCCCUCUCGUCUAUGGCGAACAUCGCCGGCUACAAGGCUGUUCUCGAGGCUUCUAACAACUUCGGCCGCUUCUUGACUGGUCAGGUGACCGCUGCCGGAAAGAUCCCACCCUGUAAGGUUCUCAUCAUCGGAGCCGGUGUCGCAGGCCUGAGUGCCAUCGCCACCGCGCGGAGGAUGGGUGCCAUCGUCCGAGGCUUUGAUACACGUCCUGCCGCUCGCGAACAGGUCCAAUCUCUGGGCGCUGAGUUCAUCGAGGUCGACAUCCAGGAGGACGGCUCUGGUGCUGGAGGCUACGCCAAGGAGAUGUCCAAGGAAUUUAUCGAGGCCGAGAUGAAGCUCUUCACAGAGCAAGCUCGCGAUGUCGACAUCAUCAUCACUACCGCGCUGAUCCCUGGACGGCCUGCCCCCAAACUCAUCACCAGAUCCAUGAUCGAGAUCAUGAAACCCGGCUCUGUGGUCGUCGACCUGGCCGCCGAGGCGGGCGGGAACUGUGAGAAAACCGAGCCUGGAAAGAUGGUCACGUAUCACGACGUCAAGAUUAUUGGCUACACGGAUCUUCCGUCGAGGCUCCCUACGCAGUCCUCCACCUUGUACUCGAACAACGUCACCAAGUUCUUGUUGUCCAUGAACCCCGCUGAGAAGGAAUUCGGCGUCGAUCUGGAAGAUGAGGUGGUCAGAGGGUCCAUUGUGACCUUGCGAGGCGACGUCCUCCCACCUGCGCCACGCCCGGCUCCGCCGCCUCCUCCAGCUGCACCGUCAACAAAUGCUGCCAAGGAAGCCGAAACUGUCGCUCUGACCCCCUUCCAGAAGUCCUCACGAGAGGUUGGGUUUGUCACUGGCGGUAUGGCCACGGCUCUCGCCCUGGGCAAGGCGACAGGGCCAGCGUUCAUGGACAAUGUCUUCACCUUUGGUCUGGCCUCUCUGAUUGGGUACCGUGUCGUCUGGGGCGUGACGCCUGCUCUGCACUCGCCCUUGAUGUCUGUCACCAAUGCCAUCUCUGGCAUGGUCGGGAUUGGUGGUCUCUUCGUCCUCGGCGGAGGCUACCUGCCAGAGACCAUCCCCCAGAUGUUUGGUGCUGCAUCGGUGCUGCUCGCCUUUGUGAACGUGUCGGGAGGGUUCGUCAUCACAAAGCGGAUGCUGGACAUGUUCAGGCGGCCUACCGAUCCUCCCGAGUACCCGUGGCUGUACGCCAUCCCUGCGGUCGUUUUUGGUGGAGGCUACCUGGCUGCCGCCUCGACGGGCGCUGCAGGUCUGGUCCAGGCGGGCUACAUGGUCAGCUCCAUCCUGUGUAUCAGCUCCCUCUCGAGUCUUGCAUCGCAGGCCACCGCCCGGAUGGGCAACGUCCUUGGUGUCCUCGGGGUCGGGUCUGGCGUGCUGGCGUCGCUGUUGGCUGUUGGGUUCUCUCCCGAGGUCCUGACACAAUUUGGCAUACUGGCGUCCGUGGGCAGCCUCCUCGGCUUCUUGAUUGGCAAGCGGAUCACGCCCACCGACCUGCCGCAGACGGUGGCUGCCCUUCACUCUGUCGUGGGCCUGGCAGCCGUGCUGACCUCGAUCGGCAGCGUGAUGGGUAGUCUCGACCAUGUCUCGACCCUGCAUCUUGUCACUGCAUACUUGGGUGUUCUCAUUGGUGGUAUCACCUUCACCGGAUCCAUCGUGGCGUUCUUGAAGCUCGCCGCAAAGAUGUCCUCACGCCCUCUCAUCCUACCCGGGCGACACCUUCUGAACUCUGGCCUGCUUGCAGCCAACGUCGGCACCAUGGGCGCCUUUGUGACCAUGGCACCUGGCUCGCCUAUGAUUGCUGCCGGUGCGCUCGCUGCGAACACGGCCCUCUCCUUCAUCAAGGGCUACACGACGACGGCCGCCAUCGGUGGCGCUGACAUGCCUGUCGUCAUCACGGUGCUCAAUGCCUAUUCGGGCUUUGCCCUGGUCGCCGAAGGCUUCAUGCUCGAGAAUCCGCUGCUGACGACCGUCGGGGCGCUGAUCGGCGUGUCUGGCUCCAUUCUAUCGUAUAUCAUGUGCGUGGCCAUGAAUCGCUCCCUCACGAACGUGCUCUUUGGCGGGAUCGCCGCGCCUCAGCAGUCCGACUUCAAGAUCGAGGGCAGCGUGACACAAACCAGUGUUGAGGACGUUGCAGACUCGCUGGUCAAUGCCGAAUCGGUCAUCAUCGUUGUCGGGUACGGUAUGGCUGUCGCCAAGGCGCAGUAUGCCAUCUCUGACAUGACCAAGAUGCUGAGGUCCAAGGGGAUCAAUGUGCGCUUUGCGAUCCACCCUGUCGCAGGUCGUAUGCCUGGCCAGUGCAACGUGUUACUCGCAGAGGCCAGCGUGCCCUAUGACAUUGUGCUCGAGAUGGACGAGAUCAAUGAUGACUUUGGAGACACGGACGUCACGCUGGUGAUUGGCGCAAACGAUACCGUCAACCCUAUUGCUCUGGAGCCCGGCAGCCCCAUUGCGGGGAUGCCAGUCCUGCACGCCUGGAAGAGCAAGCAGACCAUUGUCAUGAAGCGUGGGAUGGCGAGUGGCUAUGCUGACGUGCCCAAUCCCAUGUUCUACAUGCCUGGAACCCGCAUGCUAUUUGGCGAUGCCAAAACCAGUACAGACUCACUCAAAGCUGCGAUCGAGUCUCGAGUGUCUUGAUAAUUUUCUUGGUUCUAUAGCCCUGGAGACUGCUGCUACUUCACUAUCGGAGUUCACUCAAGACGAGGAGCAGGAGAAGUUUAUCUUGAUAGAAUGUGGCCCUUUGUCCAAUCUGCCUGAUCACGUAGAAAUUGCGCCUCCUGAGACUAUAGUAGAUGGUUUUCCUUUCCAAUUCUCUUCCAAUUAUACAUGUUCUCCUCAC